AUGAACCCUGCGCUGCUCUACAUCUACUCCUUCCCGUUCUUCUCCUCGAACUCAGCAGACGACGAUUCUUUCCCAUACCGCGAGCCUGGCGUUAUUGAAUUAUUGGUUUUAUCGUCCUUUCUCUUCCUCCUCAACGUCGUCAGAGUUGUAGCGGACCACUUUCUCCAUGCCGGUAUUAUCGCUGAGAUCAUUCUUGGGAUGGUGUAUGGCGAACCGAUAGCUGGAAUCCUUCCUACAGACUGGGAAGGAACUUUCACCGUUCUAGGGUAUCUUGGCCUAAUCGGCAUAGUAUUCGAAGGCGGUCUUUCAACCAACUUGGACCUUCUGGUAGCAAAUUUGCCUUUAUCCGUGCUCUGCGCCUCCAUAGGCAUUGGAUUCCCCGUGGCAUUUUCUUUCGCCCUGUUGAACACAGGUUACGGGUACAAAUCACUGGAGAGCUUCGCCGCCGGUGCUGCACUGUGCUCGACGAGUCUUGGGACGACUCUGAUGGCGCUCAGCAGUGUCACCGGUGCACCCACGUCUUCGAACAGUGCCUCCUCUUCGGACAAAGCGAGACAGGAAAAGCAGGAACACGCAAUAGCUUUGUCUAGCGAGUUGCAAGCCAAAGAAACUGGAGAGGCCUCUGAGGAUGUACCUCUGCAGAAAAGCCGCAUCGGUACAGUACUCAUCAGCUCCGCAGUCAUAGACGACGUAAUCGGCCUGGUGCUCUCGUCACUCGUCCCCGCACUAUCUGCCAUAGACGACACUCGGUCCCAUUCCAACCUCGCAUGGAAGGUGGUUCGGCCCAUGCUGUCGUCGGUCUUGAUGGCUACUAUCACGCCCAUCGUCGCGCGGUAUAUUCUUCGACCUGUCUUUAGGUUCAGGAACUUAGGUCAUCGUUGGUGCACGCCCAGACUACCUGGGAAGUCUUGGGGCUCUACGAGGGUGCUCAAGCUUAUUUCGGGGCCUAGGAGUAACCUUUCCCGGUGGGGAGCACAACAUCAUGCUGAUGGCGCUGGUGUUUUGAUCAUGAUCCUGACUGUCAGUGCCUUCGCGGCCAUCGCCUUCUGUGAGUAG